UUGACACUGCGUUUGUCUCUCAGAGUCUCACUUUUCUCCUCACCGUCUCCCCCACUUCGUCUCUCAAAUGAUAUGCUUCCUUUCAAACUUUUCAACACCACCUCGCUCUGACAAAAAACCAGGUCACAAGAAUCAACACAAUUCUUCAAAUAAUCCUGCCAUUGCAAUUCCAAAAUUUCCACUUGCUCAUCUAGUUUUUUCUUGAAUGCAAUUUUCAUCUGCCGACUCUUCCUUGCAGAGUAUCUCUCUGGCAACCACUUAAAUGCACAUUUGGUGUCUAUGGAGGUUACAUUGAACACUAGUUAGUGUAAAUCUCACAGUAUAUUGUCUCAAGCUUUGGUUGUUUUCUGUUUGAUGUUUAAUUUGGAGAAGCUUGUGCUGAAGAGCUUGAAUUGUUGAUGAAUCUGAAGCUUUACAGAGCUAGGGUUUCAAAAUUCGUCGAUACGAAGUUAUUUUUGUUCUUUUCGGAGUUUCUCGGAGCUUUGUGUGAAAACUGCCCCAACUUAUUCAGUAUUACCCAUUUAGGAGCAUACAUUUUGACCUUGGUGAACCAGAUAGCUGUACUUGUAGCUGUGAGAUACCAAAGCUUAAUGGAGAAAGAUUGUCAGCGCGCAUUUUUCUAGAAUGAAGCACGCACAGGAUUCCCCGACCACACAAGACAUACAACCCUCAGCCCAAGUUUCGCAUGAAUCCCAAAGUGACCAGCACAACAAUACAACAGAGCCUACUGUAGCAGAUGCGGGCUCAAUUUCUGCAUCAAGCAAUGAUAACAGGAAAGUUUCACGUGAGGAUAUUGAACUAGUCCAGAAUUUGAUAGAACGGUGUCUACAGUUGUAUAUGAAUAGAGAUGAGGUGGUGAAAACCCUCUUGAAUCGUGCAAGGAUAGAUCCUGGAUUUACAACUUUGGUGUGGCAGAAGUUGGAAGAGGAAAAUGCUGACUUUUUCAGGGCGUAUUACAUAAGGCUUAAGUUAAAGAAACAAAUUAUCUUGUUCAAUCAUUUACUUGAACAUCAGUAUCAUUUGAUGAAAUAUAACAUGCCUCCAAAGGUGCCUUUGGCUCCCAUACAGAAUGGGAUCCAUCCCAUGCCAGUCAACAACUUACCCAUGGGAUACCCCAUCCUACAACGAUCGCCGCUUCCAACAGCAGGUCAAUCUCAUCUUGAUGCUAUGGGCUGUGGAAUAUCUAGUUGCCAUGUGGUUAAUGGAGUACCUGCACCAGGCAACUAUCAUCCCAUGCGAAUGAAUUCUGGGAACGAUAUGAUGAUGGAUAGCAGUGCAGCUGAUAUAGCACCCUCGGUUCCACAAAAUAGUGCCAUGUCAUCCAUGUCAGAGAUGCCUGUGAGUCCUACGUCAGUGGCAUCCAGUGGUCAUUUUCCCUUUACUGCAUCAGAUAUAUCAGGAAUGGGAGUAGACACCUCUGCACUCGACACAGCAUUUACAUCUGAUGUGGCAAGUUCAGUGGGGUUGCAACUUCCCUCAGAUAAUGGCACGGGUAAUUCAAGAGAUUCUCUCAGGUCUUUGGAUCAGAUUCCUUGGAAUUUCAGCCUUUCAGAUCUAACUGCCGAUUUGUCAAACCUGGGAGAUCUAGGAGCUCUUGGAAACUAUCCUGGUUCCCCCUUUUUGCCUUCUGAUUCAGAUAUUUUGCUUGAUUCUCCAGAACCAGAGGAUAUAGUGGAGGAGUUCUUUGUUGAUUCUGUUCCCGGGCCACUGUGCUCUCAAUCAGAGGACGAGAAAUCCUAGCAUAAGGUGAGGUCUCCUCGUCUCUUUGAGUUCGUAGGAUUGGCCGAGUUUGUUGUACAAUAAAUAAUAUAAAUAAUAGGAGAAACUAAGAUAUUAGUAAUCUCACCGGUGUUUUUAAGAUUAUCAAAUUUGAACAUUUGAGCUUUAAGGUACUGUAGCAUGUCAGUCGGCAAGAAUUCAUGUUAUAUUAGUUUCAUUUCUGAUAUUCCUUAGCCUUUGAUGGGAUAUUGAACAUUAUAAUUUGGAAAGCUCAAGAUCUUAUUGGGUAAGCUGGUAUAUCCUUUACCCAAAUAAAAAUUCCUGUGAUUUGUAAAAUGUUGGGAUCAUUGCGGUUAUAUUCCAUAUUUGUCUGGA